UCUUAACCAUACACUAAAAACAACUUCUAUAUUGACCUUAACAGAAAAAAAGAUGGAAUUCGAGAUGAAAUGCAACAUGAGCCAGAUGUGGAGCUCCGAUGUGCAGUCGGGGCUGGACUUUGAGAUUACCCAUCAUCCCCUGACAAUGAGGAAAGUGUUCAACCUCAUCAUCGCCAUGGAGAGGAUGAAGGGCUCAGAAUCAACGCUGAGCACUGAAUUCAGAGAUGAAAACCUGCUCAACUUCAUCAUGGAUAGCAUAGUGGAAGAGCAAAUUGUGUUCGAGUGUGCCUCUGCUCCACCAGCUCAGGUGACACGGACGGGCGUAGAACAGCAAAACAUAACCGACGAAGAGAAGAGGAGCUUAGUUAUGGACCAAAACAGCAUGGAGCUCCAUGCAGUGACGCUGCAGGGAGGCGCUGAACACAGAAAAGUUUUCCUGAACAUGUCAACCUUUUUGCACCCUGCGUCCACCAUUGAGGGCAGAACUGUGGUUCUGGGCAUCAGGGGCCAAAAUCUGUACCUGUCAUGCCGCAAGGAUGGUGACAGUCCAACCUUGCAUCUGGAGGCAUUGGAGGACAAUAGUCUGCUGAACAUCAGCUCCAACAGCGACAUGGUGCGAUUUCUCUUCUACAAAAAGGACAGCGGGGUGAACAUCAGCACCCUCAUGUCUGUCGCUCAACCCAACUGGUACAUCAGCACAGCAGAGCAAAACAACAAGCCGGUGGAAAUGUGCCAGGAGACCGCCAAACGCUACCGCUCCUUCAACAUUGGUGACAUCCAAGGAAAUGUUGAACGCCAGAGUUAAAAACCUACCAAAGAAACUGGCAGUCUAGAUUGACCCUCUUAAGAGGAAAAUGUGGAUAGUGUAAAUUACACUGCACUUUUUGAUUUAAAAAAGCAAUGAUUUUUUGAAAGUCUCUUUACUGUAUGUACCAAGUACACAAAGUGAAAAGCUUAGUGUACUGACAAAAGUCAUGUUUCACCAGAAGGUGGCAUUAUUGUGCUAUCUGGUGAACACCCUAUGUAUUUAUUUUGCUGAUUAACAUGAUGCACUGUUAAUGCUUUUUUAUCUAAUUAUUUAUUAUUUAUGCACCAUUUCAAAAAUGUGUAUUUAUUUGAAAGAAUGGUAACUAACAAGUAUUUAAACUGU